AGUAUGAGAGACAAAUAUGGGAAAAUGGACAAGGUGGAGAUGAGCAUAUGGGAGUGCUGUGAGUUACUAAACGACGUCGUCGAUGAGAGUGAUCCUGAUUUGGAUGAGCCCCAAAUUGAACACUUACUUCAGACUGCUGAGGCUAUCAGAAAAGAUUAUCCAGAUGAGGACUGGCUUCAUUUGACUGCCCUUAUCCAUGAUCUUGGCAAGGUUCUUCUUCUCCCAAGCUUUGGUGAACUACCUCAAUGGGCUGUUGUAGGCGAUACCUAUCCGGUUGGAUGUGCUUAUGAAGAAUGCAUCGUGCACCACAAGUACUUUAAGGAAAAUCCAGACUACAAGAACGAGACUUACUCCACCAAAUUUGGGGUCUAUUCGGAGGGAUGUGGGCUAAACAAUGUGUUGAUGACAUGGGGCCACGACGAUUACAUGUACUUGGUGGCUAAGGAGAACAAGAGCACUCUGCCUCCGGCUGCCCUCUUUGUCUUUCGAUACCACUCAUUUUAUGCUCUACACACGGGAGGAACUUAUAAGUACUUGAUGAAUGAUGAGGACAAGGAAAAUCUGAAAUGGCUUCAUGUAUUUAACAAAUAUGACUUAUACAGCAAGAGCAAAGUUAGAGUCGAUGUGGAAAAUGUCAAGCCUUACUAUAUGUCACUUAUUGAGAAGUACUUUCCUGCAAAGCUGAGGUGGUGAAGAGGCGAGUGGACAAGCUGAGUUGAAUGAAAAAAUGAGUCACCAUACCCUAUAGACUUACAGUUUUAAUUUCAUUUCUAUGGCUCAACAAUUUUUUCUUUCAAUUUUAUGAAAACAUAGUCUUGUCUUUGUUAUAUGGAUUGAUACUUUUGAAAUCAAAUUGAUUAAAUCUCCAUUAUGCACUUGGGUUGAA